AUGCCGUUUUUCGUUGUGACGCUGGCUCGGCUAGGCGAGACGUUCCAGAAGCGCUUCGUCGUGAACGUGAUGAUCCGCGGCAUCGGCGUCAACAACAAGAGCACGCUGCUGAUGAGCGACACGAACGCCGGACUCAACAAGUCGCGCGAGCUCUCAUGUUCUAGCCAGGUGUGUCGUGAGUUCACCGUACUUCACCUUGGCUUCCUCGACUACCCUCACUACGUCGUCACGGUGCGAUUCCACGGCCUCGAGCCGACACACGAGCACUACAACAUCACCGACGUCCGCUUCUACUUCAAGUUCUACAACCCGGCGUUCACGCGGAUCGAGAUCUGGUUUCGCUUCGUCUUUCUCGUCAUCACCUUUAUUGUCACGUGUUGGUUUGGCCACUCCUUACGGCGAUUCUACGUCCGCGAUUGGAGCAUAGAACAGAAAUGGUUGGCCAUUCUUCUCCCUCUACUACUGCUGUACAACGAUCCGUUGUUCUCGAUCACCUUCCUCGUGAACUCCUGGGUUCCGGGCAUGCUCGACGCAAUGUUCCAGGCUACGUUCCUCUGCGCUCUGCUGCUGUUCUGGCUCUGCAUCUAUCAUGGCAUACGGCAGACGAAGCGCUCCUUCCUGGCGUUCUAUGCUCCCAAGCUGAUCGUCGUCGGCAUGCUCUGGCUCUCCGCCUUUACGCUCGCCUCCUGGCAGAAGUUCAACGAACUACGCGACCCGACUUACAACUACGAACUCGACAUCAGUAACUUCGUGGGUUUCAAGGUGUUCUUCUUCAUCAUCGGAGGUCUCUACCUGCUAUACCUGAUAUACCUGAUCAUCCGUGCGUACGCUGAGCUCAGGUCCAUGCCUUACUUUGACCUGCGGCUGAAGUUCCUGACGACACUGAUGCUGCUUGUGCUGUCCGUUACCGUGGCGAUCACGUUCCUCCGCUUCGGUGCCGGUGUCCUUCAGGACAACUUCGUCGCGGAGCUGAGCACUAACUACAAGAACUCGGCCGAGUUCAUGAUGUCCUACGCGCUGCUCAACUUCUACAUGUACACGAUGGCCUACGUCUAUUCACCGGCCAAAAAUGCUGUGUACGAGUCACACUUCAAGGACGAUCCAACCUUCUCGAUGCUGAACGAUUCGGACGAUGACGUCAUCUAUGGGGAACAAGAGGAAGGGCUACUAGCAGGGCAGAACCAACUGAAGAGAAUCGAUAGUGACGAAGACGAGUGAUAGAUGGCAGCACCGUAUCGAGCCCAGAACGAGGGGGUAUCCUGGAGAGUCCUAAAAGGUCACACUGCCUGCUCCACCCGAUGUGCCGUGAGCGAGGGAACGUCACCAUAGAACGUCUGGAAUUUUCCGGAGUUUAUCCUUGAAAUGGGAGUCUUCCCAUGCCGAGGAAGGAUAACGAUGAGGAAGGCGUUCAUCCCGGCUCUUCCUGUAUAUAGGGGGAUCUGAUCUAUCCCAGGUUCGCUUCCCCAGCUGGGUUGAGACUAGCCAGUACUACUGAUUUGUACUAUUAUGUGUUAAUUACGAUGAUCUUUUCCUUUGUGGUAUCGUGGGCGUGAAACAAUAAUCAUGGGUUCAGUCGUAUCUGAUAGCUAGGCAAUGGAAGUGAACGGGGUGUGGGGGAGUAUAAUGUGUUUAAGGCAGCAUGAGUGUGUAGGUUAGAAUCGACUUACAGCAAAGGGAGUCCAUCUGGAUCUCUAUCGAUUAAGUUAAUAAUAAGCUAAUUUUAACUUAAUUAUAACUUAAUAAUAGCUUAAACGAUUGGUUAUGGAGUUAGAGAGUGGGUGAUUAAGUAGUUGUUUUCGCUGCAUUGCCUAACCAAAACUUUUGAUGUGGCUUAACUAGUAUUGUUAAGUUAUGUGUAACCUUGUUGUAAGUGUAUAAUAAUUAUAAUUGCCUGUUUGGUAAUCAAUUAUCAGUAUUAAAUUAUUGCCCAAAUUGUCAGUAACGUCAUGAAUAUUGCUCGUUUGCCGAAUGUAGCAGCAGCAGCAGUAACAACAACAGCAGCAGCAGCAGCAGCAGCAGUAGUAGUAGCAGCAGCAGCAGCACAGCAAAAACAAUAGCAGCAGCAGCAGCAGUAGUAGUAGUAGCAGCAUGAAACCAAAUGUGCAAUACUGGAAACGAAGAUCUGUAUUUAUUAUAUUUUGACUCGUAUGUAAGGUGGUAUGUACGGUGGUUCGCGGUUGAAAUGUUUUGCAGGAUGAAUUGUAAGAGUGUAAAUGACAUUGCGCACGAUCUUCUAAAGCUGGGUUUACACUACCGACUUUGUGUUGGCGAAUUGGUGAAUUCGACCAACUUCCCAACUAUA